AUGGCGAACACAGUGAUAGCUUUGAUAACAAACAGUGAUAAUCGCCUUCACACCCCGAUGUAUUUCUUCCUCACUCAGCUGUCCUGUUGGGAUAUCUGCUAUUUGUCUGUCAUUAUCCCAAGUAUUCUCGAGCACUUCUUCUGUGAGAUUCAGCCUCUCCUGGACCUGCUCUGUGGCAACACUCUCCCAAGUGAAAUCCAGGUCAUUGUGGUGGCUGUCUUUACUAUUCUGAGUCCUUUCUCACUGGUCAUUUAUUCCUGUAUUCCUAUCAUUUCCGCAAUUCUUCACGUGGCAUCAGCUGAGAGCCAGGAGAAGGCCUUUUCCACUUGCUCCUCACAGCUCCUGGUUGUGACUGUUUUUUUUGGCACUGCAGGCUCCAUGUACCUGCGGCCAAAAUACAGCUACUGUGCAUCUGUGGAUAAAUUCCUCUCCCUUUCUUAUUCUCUGGUGACUCCUUUAUUGAAUCCCAUCAUUUGCAGUUUGAGGAAUAAGGAGGUGAAAGGAGCC